GCCUCUUGGGAAAUGUAGUCCGCAGGCGCCUGAGGCGUUUGGGAAACGAGGCCAUUGGGCCUAGCUUUCUAGGCAAACACAGUCGUGGGUUGUGGUUGUUGGGGUUGUGUCGGUCCAGUGAACGAGGGCCUAGAGUCCCUUUUAUGCCUUUUCUUCAUCUUCUCCUUCUCCCUUUUAGUUCCUGAGGGGAAAAUGGCGGCCAGAGACGCGGCGACGCUCGGAGGGUUGCUGCCCCUGUCUCCCCGCAAAGAGAAGGACCAGGACGAGGUGGGAAACGAGGACGGAGAAGAAACAGAGGAGCCCAAUGGCAUGGAUGUCUCCACAAAAACUGAGAACCCCAGGCCAGAUGUGGAAAUAAUUAAGGAUGAAGUAAAAACCCAAAAGGAAGGAAUAGAGCAAGCAUCUAUAGAAGAAUCUAGCAGUCAUCUAUUGGAUGCCUUAUCCAGCUCUCCAAGAGGUUUGCUAAUAUCCAUAAAGAUGGGAUCCCAUUAUCACUGUAUAAUCUGUUCAGCAACAAUUACCCGAAGGACUGAUAUGAUAGGACACAUUAAACGCCAUGUCAAUAAAGGAGAAACUGAAUCAAGGUUUAUGCCAGCCCCUGGUUCUAAAUCUACAUGUGAAAUAGUGAAAGAGGCAGAUACAGAUGUGCGAGUUCUUCCUAACUAUACUACGCCACAGAAAACAGAUUCUUAUUUUAAUCCCAAAAUGAAAUAUAACAGGCAGCUCACAGUCUGUGCCCUUGCUGUUCUAGCUGAAGAACGAAAACCUUUAGAAUGUUUAGAUGCAUUUGGAGCCACAGGUAUAAUGGGACUGCAGUGGGCAAAGCAUCUGGGAAAUUCUGUGAAGGUCACAAUUAAUGACUACAAUGAAAAUUCAGUUAUAAUGAUAAGAGAGAACUGUCAUCUGAAUAAGAUGAAAGUGGUAAUGAACUUCAGGGAAGAGGACGACUCUGAUGAAGCAGUGGAAGAAGGAGAAGAAAACUUGCCUGUCAUUGAGGUUACAAAAAUGGAUGCCAAUGUCAUCAUGCAUUUGAGAGCAUUUGAUUUUAUCCAUCUGGACCCAUUUGGGUCAUCUGUGAACUAUCUAGAUGCAGCUUUCAGAAAUGUAAGAAACCUUGGCAUUGUGUCAGUGACAUCAACAGAUAUCAGUUCUCUCUAUUCGAAGGCCCACCAUGUGGCUCAGCGGCACUAUGGGUGCAACAUUGUCAGGACUGAGUACUACAAGGAGCUGGCUGCUAGAAUGGUAGUUGCUGCUGUGGCAAGAGCUGCCGCUCGAUGCAACAAAGGCAUUGAAGUUUUGCUUGCAGUGGCCCUUGAACAUUUUGUCCUAGUGCAGGUAAGAGUGUUGAGAGGGCCUUCUCCUGCAGAUGAUACGGUCAAGAAAAUCCGGUACUUAAUCCAUUGCCAGUGGUGUGAAGAAAGGGUAUUCAAGAAAGAGACCAACAUGAUAGAAGAGAAUCCUUAUCGGCAGCUUCCAUGUGACUGCUAUAGCCGUAUGACAGGCAAGACAGCAGUUGAACUUGGUCCUCUAUGGUCAGGUUCCCUCUUCAACACUGGUUUUCUCAGAAGAAUGUUAUUUGAAGCAGUUCAGUAUGGUCUAGAAGACAUCCAGCCACUUCUAAAAACUUUCAUCUGUGAAGCAGAGUGUACAGUUCUGAAGCAGUUUUUGAUCCAUGGCCCCAGCAACCAGAACAAACAAGAAGAGUGUGGUGUGAUUAUUAAGACACCAGAUGCUGCAGCUGAUUACUUCGUUGUACAUGGGAAAAGAAAAGAUAGUGAAGUUAGCCAGAAUGGAGCAAAGCGCCAGAAAAUAGAGAGUAAUGCUGAACAUCCUGCCUUUUAUUAUAAUAUCCACAGACACAGCAUUAAAGGAAUGAACAUGCCAAAGUUAAAUAAGUUCUUGAAUUAUCUCUCUCAAGCUGGCUACCGUGUAAGUCGAACUCAUUUUGACCCAAUGGGUGUGCGUACCAAUGCCCCCCUGACACAGUUUAAAUCUAUCCUAGUGAAGUACAGUACUCCUACAUACACAGGAGGGCAAACCGAAGGCCCUCUACAGUCUUCUGAGGAUUCCCAGCCAGUAGCAGAAGGUGACUUUGCAGAGGAAAGCAUAUAAUCCUCUUUAGGGCAAAAUUUGUUUUGAGAGUUUUGACUGUUAUUCUAUCUUUGAACUUUACAUGUGAAUGCUCAACUAUUUUGAAUACUUAAGAACACUGUUAGAAAAGAAAAACAUUGAAGAACAGCGAUGUGCUUUCACAUUGUUCUUUUGAUGCUUGCAUUUUAAGUUAAUAAAUUUUUCAACCAAGUUGAA